AAUAGGUUCAUCUCUGUAUAAAGGUUACCAUGUCCUUCAGCUUAAAGAUGGCAUCCUCUUCCACCACCUUAAAAGUUGCAGCAGCUCUUCUCCUGUGUGUGUCUAUGCUGAUGAUCAGAGGAUCAACAGGUCAGUUGGAUGCUAAUUUUUACAACACUACAUGCCCUAACGUGCUUACCAUCGUCAACCAAACCAUCCAACAAGCAUCACAGACAGAUCCCAGAAUCGGUGCCAGCCUAAUUCGACUUCAUUUCCAUGAUUGUUUCGUCGAUGGUUGUGAUGGAUCAAUUUUGUUGGACAACAGCAGCACCAUACAGACUGAGAAAGAUGCUGCCCCGAAUAACAACUCGGCUAGAGGAUUUGAUGUUGUUGACAACAUUAAGGCUGCUUUAGAGAAUGCAUGCCCUGGUGUUGUCUCCUGCGCUGACAUUCUAAGCAUUUCAGCCGAAGUAGCUGUGGUUUUGGCAGGAGGCCCUUCAUGGUCAGUCCUACUUGGAAGAAGAGAUAGCACAACAGCAAACCUAACCGGUGCCAAUACUGCCAUACCAGGUCCCUCGGAAAACCUCACCAGUCUUAUGGCUAAGUUCUCGGCUGUCGGCCUUGACACCACAGAUCUUGUUGCAUUAUCAGGUGCCCACACAUUUGGACGUGCCCAGUGUAGACUUUUCAUUAAUCGGCUUUACAAUUUCAGUGGCACAGGCAAUCCUGAUCCGACUCUCAACUCCACUUACUUGGCGACGCUCCAACAGAUCUGCCCCCAAGGUGGAAAUGGAUCUACCAUAACCAACCUAGACCCGACCACACCUGAUGUAUUCGAUAAUAACUAUUUCUCUAACCUUCAAACAAACCAAGGUCUACUCCAAAGUGAUCAAGAGUUGUUUUCAACUUCGGGUGCGGCUACUAUAGCUCUUGUUAGCAACUUCAGCAGCAAUCAAAGCGCUUUCUUUGCAACCUUUGCUCAAUCUAUGAUAAAUAUGGGAAACAUCAGUCCAUUAACAGGAAGCAACGGAGAGAUCCGCUUGGACUGUAAAAAAGUUAAUGGAGGUUCAUUUGGAUCAGACUAUGCUUUAGUUAGCUCCAGCUAAGGCAUGUAGUUAAAGCCUAUGAAUGGGAGUUGGGCUGCAUUCAAAUACGAAGAACAUGUUAUCUAUAUCAUUAUUAUUAAGUAUUUUUACAGGGAAAAUUAUUACUAUGGCUUCCAAGUUUGUGGAUUUAUAUAUAAAGAAUAAUGGGGUGUAGACUCGUAGGAAGUCUGACUGUAUUGCGUCAUUGCAAAAUGUAAUUUUGUUUGAGUUCUCUUCUGGCAUGUUUUUCCAAGAUUAGUAUCUCAAGAGAUUGAUUUUUUUUUGUUAAGCAAUUUCCCUUGCUAUUAAUGGCCUUUGACGGUAGGGGGUUUGUAUGAUUUGUGUUAGUGUAUCUGGCUUGUAUGUUUAGAGAAAAAUUUACUGCUUGGUGAAAAUCUUAUGAUUGA